UAUGCCUUCAAUGAUUAAGGGAAGGUAUAUUGUACCAAGACACACGCAACCAGUCAACUUGGAUCCUCUGCGUAUCCAGUCUCCACUUUAAUAUUAACGUUCUGCGUCGAGAUGUCUCGCAGCAUACCUCUUAUGUUACGAAUUGGAGCAGUUAUGACACCUAUUAUUGUCAGCGAGAACCUUUCUUACAAAGAACUUUUUGAAAUUAUCAGCAGACAUGUCGGUACAGAGGAAGACUCAUACAAACAAAGUCUCGAAGGAUUUUCAGUCCUCUGGGAACGUGCCAGCCCAUCUAGUCCAUUCCCUGAGAGGACCCUCGUUAGUGAAGAAAACUUACAGGCUACUUUGGAGCUUAUGACUCUGAGGCUUGGAAGGGAUGUUUUGGAAGCUGACCGCAAAUUGGAGCAUACAUCAUCUUCCGGGGUGUUUGGGUAAUGUCCUAUCUUUGCGAAUUCAAUUGGGUAUAGCGAGUCCAUAUUCAAUGAAACAUGGUCCUUGUUUUGAGUACCUCUACCAAUUCUAGGCGAUCAAGUUGUUUAAUCUUUCGUUGGACUUUUUAGUCCACUGGAAGUCUAAGCGGUCGGAGAAGAUGAUAAUCUGAAUUAGCCAAUUUUUCGGAUAUAUGCUACAGAAAAUGGU